GCGUGACGGGAAGUUGGAAGCGGGAAGGCGGGUGUUGCGGCCGGGGCGGUCUUUCCAAAGUGUUGAGUUCAUUCGUCCCUCGUAUUGGCCUUGAUCACGUGCUACGUGGUGGACGUCCGACCGAACGUUUCCCUCGACAAACUGCCCGUGUGCGUGUGUUCUUGACAAGCGACAAUGCAACCGGACGACGAGGAACGAUAGAAAAGGUGUCCCCAAGUGCCCUCUCCGGGACGAUGACCGGACCCAGCACGGCAGGCAGCGGCCGGACGAGACAGCGACCGGGCAGCCGCUGUCGACGCCGCUGCUGCCUCUGAGCGUCACCGACCGCAUUCCUGAUACCAUCCGCACUGCGUCCUCCACCAGCGGCGCAGCAUGCUGGGGCCUCGGGUGCUGGUGCUGGGCCGUGAGCGUCGCUCGAGCUUCCUGGCUAUCCUGGGCUUCCUGAUGCUCUCCUCGCUGGUGCACAGUUUCUGGUACUUCGCCAACACGCUGAUGGAGCACCAGCUGCUUCGAGCACAGCCGCCUUUAGCCACGCCAGCCUGGACCAGCCCUCAGGGAGCCUACAACCUGUCCGUGCUCGACGAACACUCCGACCCGAGGACUUUGCUGGACCGGAGCGACUUCCACUAUGUGCUCAACAGUGACCGGUGUGGGGGGCCUCAGGACCUGUUUCUGGUUGUGUUUGUGCACUCGGCACCAACCCAUUGGGACAAGCGGCGGGCCAUCCGUGAGACGUGGGGCAACGCCAGUGUGCUGCGGGCUGCCACCACGGAGCGAAUGGCCCUGGUGUUCAUGGUUGGACGUGCGGAUGACUCCCAGACGCAGGAGGCGCUGGUGCGGGAGGGCAGCCUCCACGGCGACUUGGUCAUGGGGAACUUCGUGGACAGUUACCGUAACCUCACCUACAAGCACGUGAUGGGGCUGAAGUGGGUGACCUACUUUUGCCGCAAUGCGCGGUACGUGCUCAAGACGGACGACGACGUGUUCAUGGACCUGUUUCAGUUGACGUCGUACCUGCGUGACGCUUUAGGCGCGCUGGCGCCGCCCAACCUAAUGAUGUGCGUUUUGAUUCGGCGGCCCUACGUCAAGCGCAGCCAACGAAGCAAGUGGCGGGUGAGCUUUCGCGAGUACCGUGGAAACCACUACCCACCGUACUGUUCGGGGUGGGGGGUUGUGAUGUCGCCCGACGUGGUCUUCAACCUGUAUCGGGCGUCGGCCGGGAUGCCGUACUUUUGGGUGGACGACGUUCUCAUCACGGGGAUUCUCGCGCAGCGGAUCGGGCUCACGCACGUAGACUUUGGUGAACACCUAGCCGCCAGUGGCCAGGAAGCACUCGCCUGGCUGGGGCAGGCACCGCAAGAACCGCCACCCUUCAUGGGCCACCCUGAUUUGGACACCGACAUUGUGUACCGCCUGUGGAACAAGACUCGGUCCUAUGUGUUCCAUACGUGGUAGCAGUGGAGGGAAGGGCGGGAAAAGGGCUCGACAGUUCACGAGACUCAGGGAAAAUUCCGUUUGAGGAAUCUCUGGCACUUCCAAAUAGUGUGGUCUGUCUACUUUUCGUUGCUUUUUUUUAGUCAGCUAGUAUGCUGUUUUACAUAGAUGUAUCAGUGUGCAUGUUUCUGUUUUACCCUGGUGUUCUUUUUUUUAAAAACUGGAGUUGUGUGUGCUCACACCUUUGUAAUGGUAACAUAGGCACAUUCAGGUCAUGCACGGUGGACAUACUGUUUUGAAGUAUGCAUAUUUUUAAUUGUCUAAUCCGAAGCAGUACUUCCAUCAUUACCUUCCUUCAUUUCGUUUUGGGUGCGAUGACAUUAUGUAAUUUUUCGGUUUUACGUGACAGGUUCACUGGGAUUGGGAAGGGGGAGGCAACAGAAACAAGCCAGCCAACAGUGGACGUUUCACUGUAUGAAUUGUUGGCAUUUUCAUUGGUCUUUCUUAGCAUACACUGAUGUGGUCUUUUCUAGUUGCAAGAUUCCAAUUUCAAGUCGUGCUAGGCUCAAAGUUGAUUCCUUUCUUUGGUGCGUGUGUGAUCUUCAUCUGUCUCUUAGUCUAUUUUAGUAGUUUGGGUUUCUAAUAUGUGUUGGGAAAACUCAGUAUAUUAAGCAAACCGGGCCUAAAUUACACAUCGUGAAAAUCCGAAACCCUACAGGGCAACUUGAAGUACCUAGUUUUUUAUCACUGGGAUAACAGGGCCGAAAAACUUGAUAUUGUUGCAGUCUCUGGAAUUGUACUGCUGAGCACAAGCACAGUUUUCUUAGGGGUGCUCUUUUCUGUGUGAACUUCAAGCCGGUGACUUAAUAGGUCAUUCCACGUUCCACAGGAGAAUAACUCUUCCUUAAUUGAAGGAAGAAUUUCGUCAUUUCUAGAUAGUCAGGUUUUUCGGAAAUUGUUUUAGAUGGUGACCCUGAAAACGUUUUCCACAUAUUGCAUUAGGCACAUUGUCGAGGUGUGAGGUGCAUGAAAAUACGUGAAACAUUGUGGCAAAGAGCUUGGGCAACCGUGGCUUGGUUAAGAGCUGUGUGCACCCGCCUGCACCAUAAAGGGAAUAGCUCG